GCCGGCGGGCGGGGCGGGGCCGGCGCCCGGGGCGGGCUGGCGGCGGCUGUGGCGCCGGCCAUGCUCAUCACGCUGUGCUACCUGUACCUGUGGGCGCGCUGGGGGCGCCGGCCGGCCGAGCUGGUGCGCACCACGGUGCGGCGGCUGCGCGCCUCGCGCUGCUCCUUCACCUUCUGCGGCGCCGCCGCACAGCCCCGCGACGCCCGCGUGUGCCUGAGGCGCGGCGGCCGCGUCUUCUGCGUCGCCGAGGGCCAGUCGGUGGAUGACUUGAACACAUGGGCCCUGCUUAUUGUCUCUCCCUUUCUGCUCGAGGCAGAGCACGUAGCGUUUGUGACCGAGAGCAUCUGGGUCCGAGGGGGCAGCGUGCAGAGGCCGCCUUCCUCGGCAGAAACGGUUGUCAGGUGGUCGGAUUACUGCUUGCCCCUGGCCUGCCACCCUGGAGAGCCCUACCGGCUCAUGGCUGAAGCGAGCGUGGACAACUUCAGCAAGCUGGGUGUGGCGUUCAUGGAAGACCGGCUGCAGAUGGACGACGGCCUGGUGCCCCAGAAGAUUGUCUCUGUGCACUUGAGAGACUCCACACUGAAGCAACUCAAGGACCACACCUUCAGUGAAGAGGCCCAGCCGCUGCAGCCGAGCCCCGAACCCUCUCCCGAGAUGGAGCCCGCUCAGGGAGUGACAGAGCCCGUUGGCAACGAGGACUCGAGUGAGGGCUCCCCCGCACAGAGGAGGAACAGCGCCCCCAGGAGUGAGCCUGCCUCGGGGGAGAGCGAGGCAGUGGGGGGCUGCACCGAUCACUGUCACCUCCACCUGUCUAGCUGCCACGAGUGCUUGGAGCUGGAGAGCAGCACCAUCGAGUCCAUCAAGUUUGCCUCCUCAGAGGACAUUCCGGACCUCCCGUACGAUGCCAGCAGCAGUGCCGAGGGCUCCACUGCUGAGCCCUCCACUGCAAGAGCGGGCAGGAAGGUCAACGUGACGGGGAAGGCUCCCAACAUCCUUCUCUACGUGGGCUCUGACUCCCAGGAGGCCCUCAGUCGGCUGCAGCAGGUGCGCUGCGUGCUGGCUGAGUGCGUGGACCCCGACAGCUACACGCUGUACCACUUGUUAGAGGAGAGCGCCCGCAGGGACCCAUGGCUGGACAACUGUGUCUUGUUGGUCGUGGCCACACAGGAGGCCAUUCCCCAGGACCUGUCCCAGAAGUUCCUGGCCUAUCUUUCCCAGGGAGGGAAGGUGCUGGGUCUGUGCUCCACCUUCACACUUGAUGGCUUGGAGGUCACCAACAAGGGCACGCCGUGGGGGACGGUGCAGAAGCUGGUAUUCUCCAAGGCUGACGGGAGCCAGGUGCGGCUCAGCGUCCUGAGCAGCGGCCAUGUCUAUGAGGACCGUGCUGAGGAGCGGCUGAGCCCUGGCCUGCUGCGGGGCCACCUGCAGGAUGCGGACGAGGACCGCUUGAUCGUGCAAGUGCCUUAUGGAGCCUGCGGAGGAGAAGCGGUUCUUUGUCAGGUGCACUUAGAACUGCCGCCCAGCUCUUCCCUGGUGCAAACUCCAGAAGAUUUCAAUGUGCUCAAAUCAAGCAACAGUUCACGGUAUGAAGUCCUGCUAGAGAUCCUGACGACCCUGGGCCUCAGCUGUGACAGGAAGCAAGCACCUGCCUUAACUCCUGUUUACCUUCUGCCGACUACUCAGGAAAUCCGGGAUCCUCUGAUGAAGUGGCUCGAGCGGCAAGUGGAUCCUGAUGGAGUAAUCAAGUCCAGCAAGGUUUCCCUUAAGUUCGUUUCAUCCUGCGCACCUGACAUGGAGAUAUCCCCAUCUUCCAUACCCGUGGUCACUGAUGUGGAGACCUUCUCGUCAGAACAUUUUGACCUGGAAGUCUACCGAGAACACCUGCAGACUCGGCAGCUCGGAAGGACGGUGCUGUUCGCCGAAGUGACCCCCACAACCAUGAGCCUGCUGGACGGGUUGAUGUUCGAGAUGCCGCAGGAGAUGGGUUUAAUAGCCAUCGCAGCCCGGCAAACCCAGGGCAGAGGGCGGGGACAGAAUGCCUGGCUGAGCCCCGUGGGGUGCGCCCUCUGCACAUUGCUGCUCUCCGUCCCGCUGAGGUCCCUGCUGGGCCAGAGGAUCCCGUUCGUGCAGCAUCUGAUGUCGCUGGCUGUGGUGGAGGCCGUCAGGACCAUCCCCGAGUACCAGGAUAUCAACCUGCGAGUGAAGUGGCCCAACGAUAUUUACUACAGUGACCUCAUGAAGAUCGGCGGAGUUCUGGUUAACUCAGUGCUCCUGGGAGAAAUGUUCUAUAUACUCAUUGGCUGUGGCUUUAAUGUAACGAACAGCAACCCCACCAUAUGCAUCAAUGACCUCGUGGCCGAGUACAACAGGCAGCAUCAGGCAGCGCUGAAGCCCUUACGAGCCGACGUCCUCAUCGCCAGAGCCUUGACGGCGCUGGAGACGCUGGUGGACACGUUCCAGGCCCAGGGGCCCAGCGGCGUGCUUCCUGUCUACUACAAAUACUGGGUGCACAGUGGCCAGCAGGUGCGUCUUGGAAGCGCCGAGGGGCCUGAGGUUUCCAUCGUGGGCCUGGAUGACUCCGGCUUCCUCCAGGUGCUCAGGGAGGACGGAGAGGUGGUCAGUGUGCACCCGGAUGGCAACUCCUUUGACAUGCUGCGGAACCUGCUCGUGCCCAAAGGCCAGUAGCCACAGGGACCGGAGCCUCAUUAUCCCCGGCACUGGCCGCCC